GGCAGAGUGUAGUUAAAAAAAUUCAAUAUGGCUGCCUCGUUGAUUUGUAGCGAAACUCGAAGCAGAGUGAGUUCAGUUCUGCACAGAGAUGUGAAGCAGUUCGGGAAAAAACACAUGUUCGAUAAGAAUGAAGAAACCUGCUGGAACUCAGACCAGGGUGAAUGUCAGUGGGUGUUGCUGGACUUUCCUCAAUCUGUUCAGGUGUCAGAGAUCAACAUAUUGUUCCAGGGAGGCUUCUCAGCUAAAACAUGCAGAAUAGAAGGCUGCUUCAAAGAGGGAGAUUUCACAGAGAUCAGCCAGUUUUACCCAGAAGACAACAACUGCCUUCAGAGCUUUCCCAUACAGGAGGCCCCAGCAGUGGAUAAAGUAAAAAUACUGUUUGAAAACAGCGCAGACUUUUUUGGGAGAGUUAUUGUUUAUUCCUUGGAUGUUUUGGGGAAAAAAAACUCAUGA